CUUGAAAUUUCUAAAUCAAUUGCAUGUAAAUUUAGAACCAAUAAUAUAUAUCCUCGAUUUCGGUUUACGUCUUCACGAUUCUGUAUAAAAACUAUAUAAAUUAGCCUUAUUUUCAACCAAAUAAUAAUAAUAAUUAUACUUUGAUCCUAAUUCACAAAUUCAUAGUUCAUACUUUAAUUUAAUUUAAUAUUCUUUUUGAAAUGCCACUUACCUCACGUUCACCGUACGACAGCAAAACACUACUUGCUAAAUAUUAUGAUUUACCACAACCGGAAGACAAAAUUCAAGUGAUGUAUGUAUGGAUAGAUGGAAGUGGAGAGAAUCUACGCUGUAAAACAAUGACUUUGGAGAAUGAACCAGAAUCUCCAGACGAUUGUCCAAUGUGGAAUUUUGAUGGAAGUAGUACAGGUCAAGCUGAAGGUUCCAAUUCUGAUGUUUAUCUAAAACCAUGUGCAUUGUUUCGUGAUCCAUUUCGGGGUGGGAAAAAUAAAUUAGUCUUGUGUGAAACGUAUAAUUAUGAUAAAAAACCACAUGUGUCAAAUCAUCGUCACCUGUGUAAUAUAGUCAUGGAGAAGGCAAAAGUUCAUCAACCAUGGUUUGGUAUUGAACAGGAAUAUGCCCUACUAGAUAUUGAUGGCUACCCAUUACAAUGGCCUAAAAAUGGUUUCCCACCACCACAAGGUCCUUAUUACUGUUCUGUUGGAGCUGGUAAAGCAUUGGGGCGUGAUAUACCAGAAGCACUAUACAGAGCAUGUAUGUAUGCUGGAGUCAAAAUCUGUGGUAGCAAUGCCGAAGUUAUGCCUUCACAGUGGGAAUUUCAAGUUGGACCAUGUGAAGGUGUUUCAGCUGGUGAUCAUUUAUGGAUGGCUAGAUUUAUACUACAUCGUGUAGCUGAAGACUUUGGAGUUAUUGUAACACUAGAUCCUAAACCAAUGGAAGGUAAUUGGAAUGGUUCUGGAGCUCAUACAAAUUAUUCAACUGCGUCUAUGAGAAAUCCAAAAACAGGUUUACAAGCAAUAGAAGAUGCUGUAGAGAAGUUAUCUCACAAACACAUUGAGCAUAUUCAAUCCUAUGAUCCUAAACAUGGUUUGGACAAUCAACGACGUCUAACUGGUAAUCAUGAAACAAGCAGUAUGAAUGACUUUUCAUCUGGUGUCGCAAACAGAGGUAGCAGUGUACGUAUUCCAAGACAAGUUGCUGAAAAUGGUUAUGGUUAUUUAGAAGACAGACGUCCAUCGUCCAACUGCGAUCCAUACAUUGUCACUAGAAUGUUGGUUGAAACCACAUGUCUUUAAUAAUAAUUAUUACCAACCCGAAAGAAACACAUUUUAUCAAUCCUUAUGUGUGUGUGAGUUUGUCUUACCUUCAUAGACUCAUUUUGUCCAGUGUGUCAAAGACUACUGACAGUCAUCAAUUCAGCCGUCAU